GGGAUGACCGGUGGGGAGGAGGAGGCUCGUCUUAUGGCGGAGGCGGAGGCAGCUCGCGAUGGGACAGUGGAGGUCACGGCGGUGGAGGCGGAGGCGGAGGCUUUAACACUCGCGGAGGUCGCGAUGACCUCGAUCGUAUGGCGUUACCCCGCCCCGACUUUACGAACCUGCCAAAGUUCGAGAAAUGUUUCUACCUGGAGCACCCAGCCGUUAGCGGGCGGACACCUGAGGAGGUGGAGCAGUACCGGCGCGAAAAACAGAUUCACGUCUACGGGGAUGGCGUGCCGAAGCCGGUGAAGACGUUUGAGGAGGCAUCUUUCCCUGAGUACGUGCUGGAGGAGGUGCUGCGGGCGGGCUUCAAGGAGCCAACGCCCAUCCAGUGCCAGGGCUGGCCGAUGGCCCUGCUGGGCCGCGACCUCAUCGGCCUGGCGGAGACCGGCAGUGGCAAGACGCUGGCGUACCUGCUGCCGGCCGUGGUGCACAUCAACGCGCAGCCCUACCUACAGUCCGGCGAUGGCCCCAUCGUGCUGGUGCUGGCGCCCACGCGCGAGCUGGCGGUUCAGAUCCAGCAGGAGUGCCAGCGCUUCGGCGCCUCCAGCCGCAUCAAGAACACCGUCGUGUACGGCGGUGCGCCCAAGGGCCCCCAGGCGCGCGACCUGCGCGGCGGCGUGGAGAUCGUCAUUGCCACGCCGGGCCGCCUUAUCGACAUGCUGGACAGCCGCAUCACCAACCUGCGGCGUGUGACAUACCUGGUGCUGGACGAGGCGGACCGCAUGCUGGACAUGGGCUUUGAGCCGCAGAUCCGCAAGAUUGUGGACCAGAUCCGGCCCGACCGCCAGACGCUGCUGUGGUCGGCGACGUGGCCUAAGGAGGUGCAGGCCAUUGCGCGCGACUUCCUCAAGGACCCCUACCAGGUGAUCAUCGGCUCGCCCGACCUCAAGGCCAACCACAACAUCCGGCAGGUGGUGGAGAUGGUGGAGGGCUUCGCCAAGUACCCGCGCCUGCGCAAGCUGCUGGACGGCGAGAUGGACGGCAGGCGUAUCCUCAUCUUCGUGGAGACAAAGCGCGGCUGCGACGAGCUGGUGCGGCAGCUGCGCACGGACGGCUAUCCGGCGCUUGGUCUGCACGGCGACAAGAGCCAGCAGGAGCGCGACUGGGUGCUGCAGGAGUUCAAGAACGGCACGCACCCCAUCAUGCUCGCCACGGACGUGGCCGCACGUGGACUAGGUAACCUCGCGCCCGCGCCGCCUGCACAGCUUGUGCGCUUGUGGUUUGGCAGCACCGGCCAGCGGGCAUUCCUGACAAGCAGCCGCUAUCGCUGUCACCUCGGCUGGGGCCCAGCCGGGCCGGAGCUUGGAGCUUCUCUCCUUCGCUGCACCUCGCUCGCCCGCCCCCCGACGUCAUUCGGCACAGCAGCAGCUGCUGCGGACGCCUCUCGCGGACCGUACUGCGGCCCGCCCCUCCCCACGGCACCGGCGGCCCCAGGACGGGGGCCGUUGCCACGCAAGCCCAACGGCCGCGGCGCCGUGCCACGCCGCGGCCGUGCACAUGCUCCCGCAGGGUCCUUCUACACCGCUCCUGCGCUGCACAUCCACCCCGCCGUGUCGUGUCGUGCCUGGCACACGGCCCUGCGGUUAGCCGCGGCUCAGAUCCGCGGCUGCAGCGCCAAGACCGGGCACACUCUCCAGUGCGCUGCUGCAGCAGUGCGGCAGUGCGGCGCCCUGUGGGCUCCAGGCCCCAGCGGCGUGUGCGGGAUGGCACAAAUGCGGCGCCAGUGUGCCCGCUACCGCUGCCGCAUGCAGCCCCCAGCAGCGGCCCGAAGUCGCUCCGACUUCGGCAGCCGGGAUGCCGGCAUGCCUUGUGACCGCCUGCUGGUGCUGCUGCUGGGCCGCACUGUAAACGCGAGAGGCAAGGCGUCGCGGGCGCGGCGUGGCGAGGAGGCAAGCGCGGCGCGGACGGCGGCGCGGACGGAGCUGUCGCAUUCUGUGGCGCACAGCUCGGGGGCGCGGUGGUGGCGCACGAGGAGCUGGCAGCAUGUGUACGUCAAGGACAUCAAGGUGGUGGUGAACUACGACAUGCCCAAGACGGCCGAGGACUACGUGCACCGCAUCGGCCGCACGGGGCGCGCUGGCGCCACUGGCACUGCCUACUCCUUCUUCACCAACGGCGACGCGCGCCUGGCGCGGCAGGUGGUGGACGUGAUGCAGGAGGCUGGUCAGCAGCCGCCGCCGGAGCUGAUGCAGAUGAUGUCGUUCGGCGGCGGAGGCGGAGGCGGCUUCCGCGGCCGUGGUGGUGGUGGCGGCGGUGGUGGGCACCGCGGCUUUGGCGGCGGUCAUGGGCCGAGCAUGACGGGCUCCAACGCCAUUCCCGUGGCGACACGGCGGUACUGAGGCGCGCGCUGACCUGAACGCAGCAGCGGCGCAACUUGAGGGCGAGGGUCGUGGAGCCCAUGGACUGCCCAGGCUGUGGUAGCGGCUGAAGCACACGAGGGAGCUGGGGCAUGACUACGAGAGCGGAGGAGGGAGUGGGAAUUGCAGGAGGGAGCAAGGAUCUGACUACCGUUGACAUCUAACUGCACGGACUGGUGUGUGGCGUUGUGCAUAUUCGGUGUAGGACUAGACAUGAGUUGAGGAAGGAAAGCGGAUGUGCGCGGGAGGAACCAAUUUUGUUUUACACGGCCGCUUUGGCCAGGGAUGCGCACCCUCGCGGUGCUGGAUUUGGCGUGCAGUAUCGCAUCGCCAGUUGGUUUUGAGGCAUUAAGACGCCGGAGAAGCGAUGUGGCCUUCCGCACCCUUCCAUGUCAAUACAGUUGGAUGUGUGCCGUACUGAUAACCGUUUUUCACACACAUACACGUAUAAGUAUGUGUUAAUGCCUAUUGCAUGUAAAUAGGUGGCAGGGAAAAUUCGGGCGGAGCGAGAAGUGCCUUCGCACGUCCAUGGACAAUUGACUUUCGCGAGGUUGCCCGAAAAGCAAGCCAUGGCUUUGCGCAGUAUGACUUCUGUACGUCGUAAAUGUGCUACAAAGACACAGCAGACGGCGAGCCGUCAUAAAGAGCCUGUCACCGUUGUCCAUUUCUGUAGCGGCUCGCUCUCACGCCUCUUUCUUCCUGGUCGUGUGCUCCUCCUGCUGAAGCUGAUGGGCUUCGAGCGGCCGAUCAAGCUGCAGCGGCCGCCAUGACCGCCGGCGGCGGCGGGGCCGGGCUGAGAGCCUGAACGGCGCUAGCAGGGCGUGGGGCUGAGGGUGCACGUGUCGAUUGGCGGCGAGUGACGUGACUAGUUUGUUAGCUGCGGGUUAGCACGGACUGUGCACCCCACCCAACCGGCCACGUCCGGAUUUGCGGGGAUGCCAAAGGCCCCCAA